GGUGCCGGGGCGCGAUCAUCCAUCCAUUAACGGAACAAACUACUCGCGAGGCAACGCGAAGGAGAGAGGGAGAAGAGGAGGAAGAGUAAAGUAGCGCGCCGCAGCGGUCUGCGGUCCCAGCGGAGGAAAGACAAGGGCGGCGAGGGAAGGGAAGGGAAGCCGUGGUUGCUUGCUUGCGGCCGGAACCCGCUUGGUCUCUCUCUCCGCCGGCGAGUUGGGUUGAUCGGCGGCGGGGUUUGAUUGAUUGAUGAUGGGGGCGCGGGAACCGGUGGCCAUGGAGAUACCAGCGGAGGAAGGACUGGCGGCGGCGGCGAGGGCGCCGCCGCGGCGGAUUAGGAGGAGGCUGGUGGAGGGGGCGCGCGGCGCCGGGGCCCCGGCGAGCGUGGAGGAGAUCGAGGCCAGGCUCAGGGAGGCCGAGCUCCGGAGGCAGCAAUUCCAUGAAUGGUUGGCCUGCAAAGCAAGGAAGAAGCCACGGAGUCCAUCGUGGUCCUCUCAAGAGGAAGACCACGGGCAGCGCCUUGAAGCAAAACUUCUGGCUGCUGAGCAGAAAAGGUUAAGCCUCUUGGCGAAGGCACAGAACCGUCUGGCCAAGCUGGAUGAACUCCGACAAGCUGCUAAGAAUGAUGUGGAAAUGCGGUUUGAGAAGGAAAGGGAAGAACUUGAGACCAGAGUUGAGUCUCGUGUCCGACAGGCAGAGGAGAACCGCAUGCGCCUUCUGCAUGCCGAUAUGCAGAAGCGGGCUGCACUGAAGGAGAGGACAGCGAGGUCCCUGGUGCAGAAGGCAACAUCAGAGAGCAAAUACAUGGAGCAGGUGCGGUCUGCAAUUUCACAAAAGAGAGCUGCUGCUGAGAAGAAGCGACUGAGGUUGCUGGAAGCUGAAAAGACAAAGGCUCAGGCUAGGCUUUUGCGCAUCCAAAAGGCUGCCAUGACUGUAUGCAGCCAGAGAGAAUCGGAGAGGAGAAAACUGAAAGAACAGCUGGAUAACAAACUUCAAAGGGCGAAGAGGCAGAGGGCUGAGUAUUUGAAGCAGAGAGGAAGUCCUCGUGGUUCAACCCACGCUGAUUACAUAAAGCAUGCAGAUGCCCUCUCAAGAAAACUAGCAAGAAACUGGAGAAUAUUUGUGAAGUCCAGGAAGACAACAUUUGCUUUGGUUCAAGCUUAUGAUGCCUUGGGGAUUAAUGAGAAGUCUGUGAAAAGUAUGCCUUUUGAAAAAUUAGCCAUGUCAAUGGAAUCUCCUAUGGUUCUUCAGAGCACAAAGGCAUUACUUGACCGAUUGGAGAAACGCCUUGUCAUUUCUCAGUCAGUAGCAUCUUCAUCAGUAGAAAAUGUUGAUCAUCUACUGAAACGCCUUGGUUCUCCCCCAAGGAGGAAGGCUCCUCUUAGCAGAGAAGGAAAAACUCGGGCAGUGGUAAAAAGAUCAGCUAAAAGUUCUGAAGCAAACAGCAGAUUGCCCAGGUACUCACUGAGGGUCGUGCUCUGCGCUUACAUGAUACUGGCUCAUCCCAGUGCUGUUUUAAGUGGGCAAGGCGAGCGGGAGAGACAACUUAUCGAGUCAGCAGCAAACUUUAUCAAGGAGUUCGAACUGUUGAUUAAGACAAUACUUGAUGGACCAGGGCAGUCAUCUGAUGUUACUGGCCAGAGGAAGUUCAGAAUUCAGUUGGCUAAUUUUGACAAGGCGUGGUGCACGUAUCUUUACCGCUUUGUGGUGUGGAAGGUAAAAGAUGCAAGAUUAUUGGAGGAAGAUCUUGUCAGGGCUGCAUGCAAGCUUGAGCUGUCAAUGAUGCAAACAUGCAAGCUAACUGCAGAUGGGCACUCGCCAAACAAUCUUACUCAUGACAUGAAGGCAAUUCAGAAACAGGUUACUGAUGAUCAGAAGCUUUUACGUGAGAAGGUUCAGCACCUGAGUGGUGAUGCUGGCCUUGAGAGGAUGGACUCUGCUCUUUUGGAUACGAGAUCAAAGUUCUUUGAAGCAAAAGAGAAUGGGAGUCCAUUGGCAGCACCUGUUGCAAAUGUAUCUACCCCUUUGAGCAUUAAUUCAUCUGUGAAGGUCCCACUUUCUGAGGUUAAUGAAAGUUCCAGGACAAAUGCUGUUGGAACAAGCUCUGUUGUACGUUCUCUAUUUGGUGCUUCAUCAUCAGUCGGUUCAUCACCAGCAAAGCAGCCGACAGAGAAUGAACAAAUGGUCAAUGAGAUGCUUCAUGAGGAUGCCAGUGCUUUUGCUGGCAGGUCUGAUAGUGCUAGUACUGUGGAGGAGGAGUUCCAGAAGAAAGUGAGAGAAACCAUGGAGAAAGCUUUCUGGGAUAUGGUCACCAACUCCAUGAGAGGAGAAAGACCUGAUUAUAGUCAAUUGAUCAACCUAGUAAAGGAAGUGAGAGAUUCGUUGCAUGACCUGGCUCCAAAAGAAUGGAAGGAGAAAAUUCUUGAGAACAUUGACCUUGAAAUUCUGUCUCAGGUACUUGGGUCAGGUUCCCAGGAUGCACAAUACCUGGGGCAGAUUUUGCAGUAUUCUCUGGAUAUGGUUCGCCAGCUCUCUGCUGCUGCAAAGGAGGAUGAGAUGAAGAAAAAUCAUGAUAAAUUAUUGAGUGAGUUGUCUACAAAUUCUGAAGUUAAUGACAAUGGCAUCAACUCAUUUGCCAUUGCUGUUAUCAAGGGCCUGCGUUUCAUCCUGGAAGAAAUAAAGGAACUGCAAGCAGAAGUGAGUAAAGCACGUGUCCAGAUGAUGCAACAGAUCAUAAAAGAAUCGGCUGGGGUGGAGUACCUGCAGAAGGCUUUCGCUGAUCGCUAUGGACCCCCUGAGAAUGCAUCAGCUUCUCUUCCCCUAACUCUGCAAUGGAUUAUGACAUCAAAUAACAUUGUGGAAGUAGAAUGGAGUGAACAUUCAGACUGUCUUUCAAUAAUGCAAUCAGCAGGACAGGCUCCUGCUCUUGUUCCGGUACUUCGAGCUGGUCAUGGAACUCUAGUAGGGCAACCAUCUUCUUCUGCAGCAGACACCUCUGUUCAACCAGAGUGCAAGGGUGAGAAGCUUGACAAGCUGAUAAGGAUUGGCCUGCUGCAACUUAUUAGUAGUAUGGAGGGCUUGCAAUUGCAGUCAAUUCCUGAAAGUUUUCAGAUUAAUCUCCUGAGGCUGAGGGCUGUGCAGAGCCAAUUCCAACAGGUGAUCGUGAUUGCCACAAGCAUGCUCGUCCUGCGCCAAGUUCUGAUGAGUGAGAACUCGAAGGCCACUCCUCUGGAACUGGAAAACGCUAUCUCAGAACUCUUCAAGGCUCUCGUGAACAUACUGGACAACUCACCUGAUGCCGGCACGGAAGAGAUUGUGCAGGCGAUGGUCAAUGCAUCAGCCUCAGUUGGCUCACCAUCAGAGGAGAAGGUUCAGGCCAGGAUGCAGAUGAUCACCAGGGUGUUCCUCAAGAGUCUCCAGCCUGGUGACGUGGUCUUCAAGAAGGUCUCCCGCGCUGUCUACUGUGCCUUCCGUGGCAUCAUCUUAGGUGGCAGUGGUCCCAAGGGCCAGAAGCUGGCGGACGCGGCUUUGCGCCGCAUUGGCGCGGCCAAGGUUAUGGACAGGGUGUUGAAGGCUGCUGAGGUGCUGAUCAAGAUGGCAACGGUAUCAGAGAAGGUCCACGGCCCGUGGUACAAAGCUCUGGUGUGAAUGUGAAUGGUUUGGCUUUUGUGAAUAUGAAUAUAACUACAGAAGGUCAAAGUGUAAAUUCCUUGUUCCACUGGGUGGGGUGGGAGAUAUAUGGCAUUGUACAGCAAUUUAUAGUUGUUGAAUUGAUCCGUAGGCAGUUCAGGAUGUGAAGAAUUCUGGUGAGCUGGGCGAAUAUGGAUGCUCUUUCACCAGAAUUUAGUCAGGCAAGAAGGAUGGAUGCUAAAACGCAUCUGGAAAUGUAAAUUGUGGCACCUUGUUUGAUUUUAGAACUGAAAUAAUGUAAAUAAUUGCUUGUAAGUCAUUUGUGCUCUGCACAUAUCGCUACAUUUGGUUGAAGUAGAA